AAUUGCAAAAAAGUUAAAAUCAAGAAAAAUCUGUAAAUUUACAAAUUGCAAGUCUUAUCACAAUGGAUGUUUGGACACAAUUAUCGAUAGUGCUAUAAGCCCUCUACCAUCUCUAUCGGGCGAAUUGUUUAUUAUUUUGGCAAAACAAGAAGUCCAGCAAGAUGCCGAGUAAACUAGAUAGCUUAUAUCGCCGCAUGCUGAUAACGAGGUUCUUUGAAAAGGGUUGGGGAAAGCCGGAAAACUUGCGCAGGGUGUUUCAAUUUCGAAAAAUAAUAUCCAAUAGAGAAUCGUGCUUCAAGCUCGUGCCUCGGGAUUAUCCGGUGGAGAUCACGAAAAAAGAAAUCUCUGCAGAAAGCACGCUGAUAGAAGGGAAAUUUAAAACCCCUCUUGAGUUGCACUUGCCCGGAGUUGUUCCAAAAGAAUCACAACAGGCGCAUUUUCAAUUGCUUAUCCCGAACAAGUGGAAGAAUGAAAAGCACAAGCCGAUAUGCAUUCAUUUGGCUGGAACUGGUGAUCAUUUCUUUUGGCGGCGAAGAAAUUUCAUAGCCAAACCUCUUUUAAAAGACGCUAAUAUAGGGUCCAUAAUACUGGAAAACCCAUUUUAUGGAUUAAGGAAACCAAACAACCAAACACGCUCCAAUCUGCAUAAUGUUUCUGAUAUCUUCGUGAUGGGCGGGUGCCUCAUUCUGGAAUGCCUAGUCCUGUUUCAUUGGUGCGAAAGGAAUGGAUUCGGUCCUUUGGGUGUUACUGGGUUGUCAAUGGGGGGGAAGAUGGCAUCGUUAGCUGCUACGAAUUGGCCAAAACCGUUGGUACUUGUGCCAUGCCUAUCCUGGUCAACCGCUUCGGCUGUUUUUACAACAGGUGUAAUGAGCCAAUCCAUAAACUGGGAUAUGCUGGAAACACAGUACUUCUCUGAUGGGCAGUACCGGGAACGGCUAUCGAAAAUGGUCACUGUGAUAGAUGAUGCAUUUUCAGCGGGCCAAAGUUUUAUUCAAAACUUCAACCAAUCUUUGCAUGAGUUGAAAGAGGACAUAAGCGAUACAAGAAAGAUACAAGAAAUCGAAAACAGCAAUACCUGUGGCGAUAAAUAUGACCCGCAGGGAAGUUGUCCUCAAGAGGAUGCGUCAAUAUUUUUAUCCAAGUCCCUAAAGAAUACAAAACUUGACUCUGAGAAGCUACGAAUAGAUAGUAAGGACACUCUUAGUCAAAAGGUUCCGAUCGAAGCAGAGGAACUUUCCAAGGAGUCAAGCUCGACGUUGACGAACCUUAUGAAAUUCAUUCUUCCGCUAUCUGCACAAAACAAAUCGGAUAAAAUAGACAUAACUAAGACAAAUUGGUGGGAACGGGAGGCGUUGCAAUUUAUGCGUGGCAUGAUGGAUGAGUGCACCCAUUUGAAGAACUUUUCGGUUCCCUUCGACACCUCUCUAAUAAUUGCUGUGUGUGCUAAGGAUGAUGCCUAUGUGCCGCGGGAAGGAUGUACGAGCCUCGAGGAUAUUUGGCCAGGUGCGGAAGUGCGAUAUUUAGAUGCUGGUCAUGUAAGCGCCUAUGUUCUGCACCAAAAACUGUUUAGAUCUUGCAUUAUAGAGGCUUUUAAUAGGGCUAAGAAGAUCUACGAAAAGGACAUCGGCGAGGGCCUAAAAUGUGAUAUAACUUAUCAGCAAUUGCUAAAAAAAUAUGACAAAAAUAUUCAGUAAUAAUAAGUUAAAAAUUAAAACAUAAUAAAUAAUAUGUUGCCAUAUAUGUACAAAG